AUGAGGAAUACAUACACCCUCUUUCUCUUUGUAGUGGGCUCCUUUUAUUUUAACGGAAGCGCCGCAGCAGAUGCUGAAGAAAAGCUAAUGAACCACCUACUGAGUCCUGACAGGUACAAUAAGUUAAUUCGACCAGCUGUCAACUCAUCCCAGUUGGUAUCUAUAGAACUGCAGGUUUCCUUGGCACAGCUCAUCAGCGUGAAUGAACGGGAGCAGAUCAUGACUACAAACGUCUGGCUGAACCAGGAGUGGAUUGAUUAUCGUUUGGCUUGGAAGCCCUCUGACUAUGAAGGAAUAAAUAAGCUGAGAAUACCUGCAAAACACAUCUGGUUGCCAGACAUUGUGCUUUACAAUAACGCGGAUGGCACAUAUGAAGUUUCGCUAUACACAAAUGCAAUUGUAAAGAAUAAUGGAAGCAUUCGCUGGUUGCCACCAGCCAUUUACAAGAGUGCUUGCAAGAUUGAAGUUAAGCAUUUCCCAUUUGAUCAACAAAACUGCACAUUAAAGUUCCGGUCUUGGACAUAUGAUCAUACAGAAAUUGAUAUGGUGCUUAAAACUUCCAUGGCAAGCAUGGACGACUUUACGCCAAGUGGAGAGUGGGACAUUGUAGCACUCCCAGGAAGAAGGACUGUAAAUCCUUUGGACCCCAAUUAUGUCGAUGUGACAUAUGACUUCAUUAUUAAAAGGAAACCUCUUUUUUAUACCAUCAAUCUUAUCAUUCCUUGUGUGCUAAUUACAUCGUUAGCCAUCCUGGUGUUCUACUUGCCUUCAGACUGUGGUGAAAAAAUGACCUUAUGCAUAUCUGUGUUGCUUGCCUUGACUGUGUUCUUGCUGCUGAUCUCCAAAAUUGUCCCUCCAACAUCUCUAGAUGUUCCACUGAUUGGGAAGUACCUCAUGUUUACAAUGGUACUGGUGACCUUCUCAAUAGUUACCAGUGUCUGUGUACUCAAUGUCCACCACAGAUCUCCAAGUACUCACACUAUGCCCCCUUGGGUAAAGCUGGUUUUCCUUGAAAGACUCCCAGCCUAUCUGUUCAUGAAGCGUCCAGAAAAUAAUUCUGCACGGCAAAAGCUGUGCAACUGCAAAAAGACAAAAGCAGAGAAUCCUUGUAUGGAGCCAGCCGACUUCUACAAGAACUCUACCUAUUUUUUGAAUACAGCCUCUGCCAAAAAAUAUGAUAUGAAAAUCACUGAGACUCUUGACAAUGUCAGCAGUCAUCGAGAUUUUAGGUUAAGAACAGGCACGAAAUUUUCUCCUGAAGUCCAAGAAGCAAUUGAUGGAGUCAGUUUUAUAGCAGAGCACAUGAAAAGUGAUGACAACGACCAGAGUGUCAUUGAAGAUUGGAAGUAUGUUGCCAUGGUAGUGGACAGGCUGUUUCUCUGGAUAUUCGUCCUUGUUUGUGUCCUGGGGACUGUUGGAUUAUUUCUGCAGCCACUUUUUCAAAACCACACUGCUGCCAUGAACCCUUAG